AACAAAUGAAAGAACCUAGACUCUUUUCCGUCCACCUUCAUCAUCUACUUCCUCUGAUCCAAUACUAUACGCAUUUUCCCCUCUUCACACCAUUGGUCAUCGGAAACUGUCUGCUUCUUCUCUCCUCAUUUCUCAUUUCCUCAUUCUGUGUUUCUCUGCAAUUGCAUACGCAAUUCGUUCAUUAGACUGCCUGUCUGAUUCUGUGUAUCUAUAUAUAUAUAUACAUAUACAUACAGAGAGAGAAAGAGUGCGUGUGUGAGAGAGAUGAAGAACAAUAGCUGUUCUAGAAAAGGAGGCAAAAUGAUGGAGGAUUUUCAAGCUAUUCACAAGCUUCCUCACGGCGAUAGUCCCUACGUCAGAGCAAAAUAUGCUCAGCUAGUUGAUAAAGAUCCAGACGCUGCUAUAGUGCUAUUUUGGAAGGCAAUUAAUGCAGGAGAUAGGGUUGAUAGCGCGCUGAAAGACAUGGCAGUAGUUAUGAAACAACAGGACAGGGCUGAAGAGGCAAUUGAAGCUAUUAAGUCCUUUAGGGGCCGCUGUUCCAGGCAAGCUCAGGAAUCCCUGGAUAAUGUUCUUAUCGAUUUGUACAAGAAAUGCGGACAAUUAGAUGAGCAGAUCCAACUGCUGAAGCAGAAGUUGCAAAUGAUUUACCAAGGAGAAGCAUUCAAUGGAAAACCUACCAAGACAGCUCGCUCCCAUGGGAAGAAAUUCCAAGUUACAAUCAAGCAAGAGACCACAAGAAUACUGGGUAAUUUGGGUUGGGCCUACAUGCAGCAAAUGAAAUAUGCAGCUGCUGAGAUUGUUUAUCGCAAAGCACAGGAAAUAGAUCCGGAUGCCAAUAAAGCGUGUAAUUUAUGCCUCUGCCUUAUCAAACAAGUGAAAUAUAAAGAAGCAAGAUAUGUGCUCGAUGGCGUUUUGCAAGGGAAACUUUCUGGUUCAGACGAUCCCAAGUCUGUGGGUCGCGCUGGGGAACUGUUGCAGGAGUUGGGGCGUUUUGAACCUGGGAAGUAUGCUUCACCUUCACCUUCACCUCCUACCGGAGUUAGCUUAGAAGAUGCAUUUGUUGAGGGUUUGGAUCAGUUGAUGAACCAGUGGGCUCCAUUCAGAUCCAGGAGACUUCCCAUUUUUGAAGAAAUCUCCCCUCAAAGAGAUCAACUGGCUUGUUGACAUUGAGCUUACAUGUUUGUAAAAAUUUCCAGGUGAUUUAGACUAGACAUGCAGUGUGUAGCGGUUGUGUUCGUGUUCAAUAAGAAAGCGAUACUAUACCAGAUGCAUAUAAAUUUUGUGUAGGAGUUUUGAUCUGAGCUUGAUCUCAAUGGUGGAACCUCUGGUUGAUAAGGAGUAGUGGAGUGCCUCUCUACCACACACAUAUACAGGUUCAAUAAUAGUAUUUUGUGCUGUUCAGUAUUUGGGGAUUUGCAGUGUUGUCUUAAUCUCUAGUUGAGUUGCUCUGUUUCCAUUGCUGUAAGUCUUAAUGCCUAUUAUUUCCAAUGAUCCACUUUUUGAAACA